AUGCAAGUCUUAGAGAAUGAGUUCAAAGAAGCUCUGCGUACUUUGACUAAAGCGCAUAACCGUGCACCAAACGAUGCCGAUAUUUUGCAUGAACGUGCUAAAGUAUUUGAAAAACUAGGGAAACUGGAUGAAGCACUGCGUGAUCGUCGUCGUGCUAUGCAGCUGGGACGAUCAAUUUCUGAGACAGUAAUUCUUCUGGAAGACCGUUUACGUCGUUUACAUUUCGAGCUUCUUCGAAAAGGUGAAACAUCUGUACGUCACUUGAAGAUAGGCUGGAUUCAGGACGCACUAAACAGACUUGGCAAGAAUAGCACAUCUCCUCACGAAGAUACUAAAACGCUAGGAACAGUAGGCAAGGCGAACAUGACAUGUUAUAGCGAGGCAGUGAAAGAAUACAGAGCAGCUGUUGAAAUCGAUGUGGAGCAUCUGUGUCCUGAAGCUCAUGCCCUUCUCGCUUUAUGUCAAGAAAGGCAAAAUGACUUCCUUUUGGCACAUGAAGCUGCUCAAAAUUUUUAUCAAAUGCUCAUUGAUUUUCCGGACUCCCGGAACAUGUGGAAAUUAUUUGUUCAAAUGAUCAAGAACCCAAGAGCCGGAACAGUUAUUUCCAUCCUAUCCAAGGGAGCCUCAUCUGUGCCCCAUAUUGGUUCGGUACUCGAAGCAGCAACUGGUCCAAUUGCCAAAACGCUUGAAGACAAAGACUACCAGCUUAUACAAGAUAAAUUGAAAAUUAUCGGUGAUUGUGGUGACAUAGUUGAACAACGCGAAGUUGCUCGUCGCGUAGCCCGACAUAUGGCUGAUCGAUACAGAGAACAGUUGGGUCGACUGCAAGAGGAAUAUGAGGAUGUCAAUGGAGGUUGCUGUUCUUGUUGUAAGCGUUUAAUACCUUUCAUUGAUCCAAUAGACAAAAAUCGUCCUGCAGAGCGGGUAGCUACGUUUGGUGUGAGUUACAUUGUUUCAGCUGUUACUGAUGAAAGUAUACAAACAUUGAAAUUGGAAAACGCAAAUGACCAAGAUUCAUUGGUGGACUUGCUAGUUCAUCUUGUUUGCCGUGCUCGUGGCCCUACGACACGCAUACCAAAAUGUAUUCAUGACGACCCAAACCUAAUUCUACCAUUGAUUCCAGAUCCACAAGAGAAACAGAUAGUCUCCGCAAAUAAUCAGGUAAAAUUGUCGGUUAGUACGUUACAAUAA